CUCUCUAUUUAAAGCCUUUUCCCCAUUGGCUGUGAUUCUUCCCCUCGUUUUCUCGCAUAUUUCUCGCAUUUUUCUCGCGCAUUUUCAUAGAUCAGGAAGUUUCAGGCGUGAUUUGGAAUCAAAAUGGCUGCCGAACACAAAUAUGAUUGUCUUUUGUUUGACUUAGAUGAUACCCUUUAUCCACUCAGUUCUGGUUUGGCUUCGGAAGUAAAAAAGAACAUUCAAGAUUAUAUGAUUCAGAAACUUGGUAUCGAGGAAGAUGUAGUUGCAAAACUGUGCCUUCAGCUCUAUAAGUUCUAUGGGACAACCAUGGCUGGUCUCAGGGCUGUUGGUUACAACUUCGACCCGGAUGAUUUCCAUGGUUUUGUUCAUGGGAGACUGCCCUACACAAUGUUGAAGCCUGACACAGUUUUAAGGAAUCUUCUCCUUAGCUUGCCCAUCCGGAAAGUCAUUUUCACGAAUGCAGACAAGGCUCAUGCAGCCAAGGUCCUUGCCAGGCUAGGCCUAGAGGACUGCUUUGAAAGGAUCAUUUGUUUCGAGACCCUGAAUCCCAUUGACAAUGACAAGACAGUUACUAGAGAAUCAACAACCACUUCAAGUCUGAAAAUCUUUGACAUAAGCAGCUACAUUGAUAAUCCGGACAGUGGUCUUGAACUCCCAAGGACUCCUGUUGUCUGCAAGCCAUCUGAAGGAUCAUUUGAACAUGUUUUCAAGAUCGCCAACAUCAAUCCUGAGAAAACUUUGUUCUUUGAUGAUAGCAUCCGCAAUAUCCAAAGCGGGAAACGCAUGGGUCUCCACACCGUCUGGGUUGGCACCUCUCACAAGAUUGAAGGAGUGGAUGUGGAUAUUGCAUUGGAGCAUAUGCACAACAUACGUGAAGCCAUUCCUCAACUAUGGGAGGCAGCGGAUGAAAAAUCCAAGAGGAUUAGUCGCAGGCAGAAGGUCGCCAUUGAGACCACAGCUUAGGGGAAGAAGAAGAAGUUCCUGGUUAUGUCUUCGUUACAUGUUGACAUACCAAAUCCGAGACUUAGUCCCCCCCCCCUCUUUUACCUUUUGGCAAAUAAAUAUUUGUAGCACAUCUGAUUAUACACUUGUGUGAUAUACCAAUACGGACCACAGGGUCGGUCGAGAUUGAUACUGUCAA